GAUCGUUCCUGCAUUGACCGACGUGUGUUUGAUAAUGCUGAAGCGUAAACAGUACUUUUUUAGAACGAUUUUUUUUCAUUUAUUUGUGAAAUUUUCAUUGAUUUUCCAUUUUUGAGCGUCGGUCAGUUUUUCUAUGGAAUCUGAAGAAAGUAACUUCAAAUGUUUUCCAUGUUUCCCAAGACAAGGAAAAAAAUAUUUAUUUGGUUUUAUUGUGAUAAAUUUCUUGCUAAUUUUGUAUUUUACUAAAUUGAGCCUUCCAAAGUCAGCUGUCAAACCCAAAUAUAGUGAAAUUAAAAGACCUAUCGCAUCUAUACAAGAUGGAACUCUUUUUCACAUACCUUUACUUAAAAAUAAAGACUUGGCUCCUUUUUAUGCAGAAGUGAACACAAAUACUUGGUGCUUUCAACAUGCAAUAGAUGUUCCAGAAUCAAAGAAAGAAAAAAAAUGCAUUUGUAAUAAACAUUGGUUUGGUUUUGAUUGUGGCAUUCCAGAAGCUGUAUGGAAAUCUCAAUUUAUGCAGGGUAUAGCGAUCAAAAGAAGAGAAAAACCUAGAAGAAUUCUAUAUUCUAUUAUAGUUGAUGAUGAAUAUAAUCUAUUAGAUAUAUCAGUUAGUAACGCGUUUUCCUAUGUUGAUUUGUUCUUAAUUAUCCAAGAAAAGAAAGCUAAUUCAUCACUAUCAGUAAUGUUUAAACAAGGCUAUUUGGCACAAUUUCAGCAUAAAAUAAUGUUAUUUCUGUACAAUGAAACUACUAUUAAUGUCACAGAUAAACAUAAAUUUUUGUUUAAUGAAGCUUGGAAAACUGCAUGGAAAAAACUAACGGAUUUCCAUCCUGAUGAUAUACUUUUGUUUAAUCAUGCUUCCUCUAUUCUUUCUGAAGAUGUGCUGUUGUUUUUAAAGCUACAUGAUGGAUAUCCAGAGCAUUUUAUUUUCAAACUUCGACCAUUGCUGUUUAAAUUCUCAAAUGAAAUUUUAUCUAAUCAAACAUUACCGACUUUAGUGCCAUUUGGUUGUAGUUUCCAAUUCAUUUCAUCAAUGUGUGACUAUGAGAUAAAAAACUACUUCAAAAGCUUUUGUUUUGAAAGUAAAAAGAAAGCAAAAGUUUUGAAAUCUAAACAGUGGCAAAUAAAUGAAUCAACAAUAGGUAACGUAGCCGCACCUAGCGGUUGGCAAUGUACCCUGUGUUGCAAAUCUUGUGAUUCUAAAGAAAACAGUUUACAGCAAAAGAUUACUGGUCACAUUAGUGCCUCAACGUUAUCCAACAAGUUGAAAAAUGAUUCUCAAAAAGAAUUUGUGGUGGUAAAAAAUGCCUUUCAUAAGAUUCCAAAAUUUAAGUUUGUACAAAGUGAUGACUAUUACUUUGUUCCAAGAGUAGUGCAUAGUCUUAAGCAAUAUUCUUAUCUAAUAGAAUGAUUCAUGAACUUGUGUCAGAUAAUGUACGCAACAAUGGUAACCUUUAACUCAAUUCAAUUUUGUGUGUGAAACUUAAGUUAUGUAAUUUCGUAUGCAGAUGUGGAACAACAGUAGGGGAGAAAGGAACAAGUUGGCUGAAGUUUGGUUUUACCUUUUUUUAAAAAUGAGUGCUACAUACCAGGGUUCGUGAUUUAUGAGGGUCAUUCAAUAAAUAACGAAGCAGAGGCUAUAAAACAGACUUUAUUCGACAUUCUUCAAAAAUACCGACCGAAAUUGUUUAAAAACUUAUCCCACUGGGAAAUUAGUCGCAUAAUUCCGUGCUCAUAAACGUCCUUUGGCUGCUGCUGGAAGCAAUUAAGCACGCCCUCCUUUACUUCAUCUUCCAAAUGAAACCGUUGUCCCCGAAGUGCCUUCUUGAGUUUCCCAAAGAUGUUGGAUCAUAUGGGGAUAGAUCUGGGCUAUUAGGGGCAUGGUUCAAGACUUCUUACUUAAAUUUCCGCAAAACUUCCUUUUUUGCAUUGUAUGUGUGUGAUGUAGCGUUAUCGUGCAACAGAAUGACAGUACGUGAAAGUUUACCGGAACCACACACAGCCAAUGAAAAAAAGGAACUUUUGCGGAAAUGUCAGUGGGAAUCUUGAACCACCCCGUGAUAGUCCAGACCCCCAUAUGACCCCAGAACUUUGGUGAACUCAAGAAGACACUUCGGGGACAACGAUU